UAAAACACCAUUUUUUAAUUUUCAUGUAUCUUUUCUCGUCUUCUACUUCUCUCUUUUCUGAUUCGUCACAGUCCAUUUUCUCUAAUCUAAACGGAGCUGAAAAAACCUGUUCAUUCCAUGGAUGAACAAGUGGAUGAUGUAGAUGGAAGAUUAGAAGCUUCUACUGGGGAUGAAUCAAAUAUGCAUGACAAUGAAACAAUCCGGGAACCCUAUGUGGGUAUGAUAUUUGAAUCAGAAGAAGAUGCCAAAACAUUUUAUGAUGAUUAUGCAAGACAAGUAGGAUUCUUUACACGUGUUUUAUCUUCACAUAAGUCGGAGCGUGAUGGGUUACUCUUCUCUCGUGGACUUGGAUGUAGAGGUUACCCUGGUGAUCAGACAAAAGUUCAACUUCAGAAGCAAGAUAAGCAACGAGAAAACUGCUCUGCAAUGAUUCAUUUGAGGAGAGAUAAGGCUGGGGGAUGGGUGAUCAAGAAAUUUGUGAGGGACCAUAAUCAUCCUUUGGUGAUUCAGUUGGACGAAAAUGGCAGAACACUUGAUGAAGAAAAAGAUAAGAAAAUUCAAGAAUUAACUGCAGAGUUGCGGGUUAAGAAGCGGUUAAGUGCAUCAUACCGUGAGCAGCUUGUAGCAUUUAUGAAAGAAGUUGAAGACCACAACUUUAACAUAUCAAUGAAAGUUCAAAGAACUUUGGACAAUCUGAAAAAGCUUGAUGCUGAAGCAAAGGAGCUUUUACACGGUAGAUAGCUUCCGAAAGCAGAGUGGACCAUCUUUUUCUUCCUAUGCCUAACUGUGCCAUCUUUGUUUAGGUUCUCUUUUGUAGUUUCUAUAUCAUAGAAAAAUCCAUGGGAUAAAUGGAAUUGAUGAAUUGUUAUGUUUCUAACAAUACUGAGAUCAUUAAAGAAAGAGAUGAAGGUUUUAGCCUAAACAUGCCUUGAAUUUGUAAAAUUGAUUUAAGAGUACACGAUAUUAGCAGCUUCCA